AUGUGCCGAAAAUUAGCAGCUGUGAAACUGUCAUCGUCUCUUGCCGCAAGUUUCAUAAUGCAUUAUACAAUACCGUAUUGUACAUGCUAUGUGGAAUUAAAUUUACGGGCAUUAGCAUCGUCGUCGUCAUCACGUGACCGGCAAAUUCGGCGUAAAGAACGGUGUCGCGGUAUUUCAUCACUUUCUCGCCUUUUCGAAGAUUCCUUCACUCCCCCGCGAGGGCUAUUCGUCGUCACAGCAGCGUACACCGAAAAUCCCACACGGCCGAACGCCAUUCAGUCUGACAGCAGACCGACACCGCGCCAGCUAAUCUGUUUAGAUAUUUAUUAG